AUGGUGUUCUAUUUCACAUCGAAUGUCGUUGAGCCCUCCGCCUUUAUUUAUGUCGGCAAGGACAAAUUCGAGAACGAGGAACUCAUAAAAUAUGGAUUGGACAAUGAUUUCCACGUCGACAAUUUGUCAAGUGCACACGUCUACGUACGCCUUCGAGAAGGCGAAACAUGGGACAACAUCGCCGCGCCGCUUCUAGAGGACUGCGCCCAGCUCACGAAAGCGAACUCCAUUGAAGGAAACAAGAAGGACAACAUUACCAUUAUCUACACACCAUGGUCAAACCUAAAGAAAGACGGGUCAAUGGCGGCCGGUCAAGUCACAUUCCACAAUCACAAGCUGGUCCGCAAGGUCUAUGUCAAGCAGCGGGAGAACCCAAUUGUCAACCGGUUGAACAAGACCCGAGUUGAGAAGUACCCCGAUCUCCGAGCCGAGAAGGAAGAGGACACGAAGAAGAAGCAGCGCGGUGAUCGCAAGGCCCGAGAUGAACAGCGUGUGAAGGAAAAGAAGAAGCAGCAAGAGUAUGAACAGCUCAAGUGGCAGAAAGAUCAUGCAUAUGAUGAUAUGUUCACGGAAGAGAACCUGGAGGCCAGCAACAACCAGGACCGUGAUGAGGAUUUCCUCGACGACUUCAUGUGA